CUACACUCUCCGCGAGCGCGCAGCGCAGCGGCGGGACUCGGACCUCGCUGGCCGGCAGCGCCAUGAGCCACAACUUGGACGCUGCGCGGAGCUUCCUGGAGCAGCUGGAGGCGCGAGGCGGCCGGGAGGCGGCGGUCCUCGCCGGCGAGUUCAGCGACAUCCGGGCCCGCUCAGCCGCCUGGAAGACCGAGGGAGUCUGCUCCACCGAGGCUGGCAGUCAGCCCGGGAACCUGAGGAAGAACCGCUACAAGGAUGUGCUGCCCUAUGACCAGACGCGAGCGAUCCUCUCCCUGCUCCAGGAGGAGGGACACGGAGACUACAUCAAUGGCAACUUCAUCCGGGGCGUGGACGGAAGUCCGGCGUACAUCGCCACGCAAGGGCCGCUGCCUCACACCCUGCUAGACUUCUGGCGCCUGGUUUGGGAGUUUCAGGUCAAGGUGAUCCUGAUGGCAUGUCGAGAGACGGAGCUUGGCCGGAAAAAGUGUGAGCGUUACUGGGCCCAAGAACAGGAGCCACUGACCAUCGGACCUUUCUACAUCACCUUGACGAGGCAGACGUUGCUGAAUCCUGACACCAUGCUCAGGACCCUUCAGGUCACAUUCCAGAAGGAAUCCCGUUCCGUGCACCAACUACAAUAUGCCUCCUGGCCAGACCGAGGGGUCCCCAGCAACCCUGAUGACGUGCUCGCUAUGGUGGAGGAAGCCCGGCACCUUCAGGGAUCUCACCCCGGCCCCCUCUGUGUCCACUGCAGUGCCGGCUGCGGGCGGACAGGCGUGCUGUGCACCGUGGAUUACGUCAGGCAGUUGCUCCUGACCCAGACCAUCCCUCCUAACUUCAGCCUCUUCGACGUGGUCCUUGAGAUGCGGAAGCAGCGUCCCGCGGCUGUGCAGACGGAGGAGCAGUACAGGUUCGUGUACCACACGGUGGCUCAGAUGUUCUGCUCAGCACUCCAGAACGCCAGCCCCCAAUUCGAGAACCUCAAGGAGAAUCGUGCCCCAGUCUACGACGACGCCCUCUCCCUCCGGACUUCCCCGGCCCUCCUUGCCAUAUCCCGCCCACUUGGAGGGGUCCUCAGGAGCAUCUCCUUGCCCGGGGCCCCCGCCCUCGCCAUGGCCGACACGUACGCGGUGGUGCAGAAGCGCGGGGCCCCCGCGGGCGCCGGGCCGGGGCCGGGAACGCUCAGCACCGAGGAGGCGCCGCUCUACAGCCAGGUGACACCGCGCGCCCGGCGACCCGGAGCUCAGUCGCAGGACGCGGGGGCCCGACCGGAGGACGCGCAGGGAACGCCGCCCGAGCGCGUUCCUGUCGACCAAGGCCCUGCCGGGCCGGGUGCCUACGAGGACGUGGCGGAUGGAGUUCAAACCGGUGGACUAGGUUGCCUACCUGUCCGCACUUCAGCUUCCCCGAGCUCCAGGGCCUCUCCCGCCCACCGUGCCCUUCCUCUCCCAGGCUUCAACCUGCGCAUCGGAAGGCCGAAAGGGCCGAGGGACCCGCCUGCCGAGUGGGCUCGGGUGUGAAUGGAGCGGCCGCGCCUGCCUGCUGCUUCGCGUCACAGACUGGACUGCGACGGCCGUUGCUCUGCGAUGGGAAGCGCUGGGAAUUGAGACCAUGGGCUUGGAUCAAAAUAAAAGUUUCUCAGGGUGUGAAA